AAUAGGAAAGCGACGGUACUUGACUUUCAAAAAUUAUCAGUGAUAUUUUGCUGAUUUUGAGAUCUAGUUGUGCCAUAAAAUAGAAAGAAACUUUCAUCAUGGGCCGCAAAUUCGUCGUUGGAGGUAACUGGAAAAUGAAUGGAGACAAAAAACAGAUUGAUGAAAUAGUUGCAAAUUUGAAAAAUGGUCCACUGGAUUCUAACGUUGAGGUGGUAGUGGGAGUUCCUGCUAUAUACUUGGCAUAUGCCAAGAGCAUUUUACCCGACACAAUUGGAGUUGCCGCUCAAAACUGCUGGAAAGUAGCAAAGGGUGCAUUUACAGGUGAAAUCUCACCUGCUAUGAUCAAGGAUGUGGGAGCAGGAUGGGUGAUCCUGGGCCACUCUGAACGCAGAACAAUCUUCGGCGAGAAAGAUGAGUUGGUUGCUGAGAAGGUUGCACACGCCCUGGAAUCAGGUCUGAAAGUUAUUGCGUGCAUCGGAGAGACCCUAGAGGAGAGGGAAGCCAAUAAGACAGAAGAGGUUGUGUUCAGACAGACCAAGGCCCUUUUACCGGCCAUUGGUAACAACUGGGCUAAUGUUGUCUUGGCUUAUGAACCGGUCUGGGCUAUUGGUACUGGCAAGACAGCUACACCACAACAGGCCCAAGACGUGCACGCGUCUCUCCGCAAGUGGUUAGCGGCUAACGCAAGCGCCGACGUAGCCGACAGUGUGCGUAUCCAGUAUGGUGGUUCGGUCACCGCUGCCAAUGCCAAGGAGCUAGCAGCUUGCCCGGACAUCGAUGGGUUCCUCGUGGGUGGUGCAAGUCUCAAGCCUGAGUUCGUUAACAUUGUGAAUGCCACUCAAUAAAUAUCAGUAAAGCUAGGCGUAAUGGUAAGGAUACACGACGACACCAGACACUAAACACUCAGUGUACCUAUACAUGGAAUGUCUGUGUGUGUACUGUGUACCUACACUGCCGCGACAAUUAGUUGCAGAUGUAGUGGGGACGGUAUCGACACUUGUGUCGACAUUUCUGUCGAGAAUCAGUGUCUUCGUGUAUACUAAAAUUUAUUAGUACCUUGAUUCUACUAUGCAACAAUAAUGAUUCGUUCCUACUCCAAUCCAGCUUGCGGCUAAAUUACAUAUUAUAUUCUUAUUAUUGCCAGCAUAUCUGUUUGAAUUUGAGAAUACUCUUGAUGUUUGACAGGAAAGCGACUGGAUCGAAUACGAAACGAAGCCGUUACAAUAUAAUAGAAUCGCGAUAGAGAUGUUAUUUUAAAGCGCACAAGAGUCAUAUUUGUGUGCAUAUUUUAUUGUGUUGUACGUCUGUGUAUCAGCGUAAUGUUAUCAGAGAUUCAAUAAAUGUUAUAAU